AUGUCAUCUGAAAUAGAACCGCAUAUUCUCCGCAAAUAUGAGAUUCAGGCGCAGUUAGGACAGGGGGCGUACGGCAUCGUUUGGCGUGCGUCCGACCGCCGCACCCAUCAGGUAGUCGCCCUAAAGAAAAUAUACGAUGCGUUUCAAAACGCAACCGACGCACAGCGCACAUUUCGUGAGAUUAUGUUUUUGCAGGCCCUUAGCCACCCGAACAUAAUAAAACUGCUGCAUGUUCACCGUGCCACUAACGAUAAAGAUAUUUACCUUGUCUUUGAGUAUAUGGAGACAGACCUGCAUGUUGUUAUCCGUGCCAACAUUCUUGAGGAUAUCCACAAACAGUUUAUUAUUUAUCAACUACUGAAAACGUUGAAGUACCUCCAUUCUGCGGAGUUGCUACACCGCGAUAUGAAGCCAUCAAAUCUUUUGGUCAACAGCGACUGCUCAAUGAAGGUUGCGGAUUUUGGAUUAGCGCGGUCAAUUCUCUCUCUGGAGAAGGAACAAGUGGCUCGCCCCGCCCUCACGGAUUACAUCAUGACCCGUUGGUAUCGACCGCCAGAGAUCCUACUGGGCUCGACACGCUAUACAAAGGGGGUGGACAUGUGGGCUGUAGGAUGUAUUCUUGCUGAGCUCCUUCUUGGAAGACCCAUAUUCCCUGGGCGUACAACAAUAAAGCAGCUGGAGCUUAUCAUCAAUGUUCUUGGCGAACCGACACCAGAGGAUAUUGCGUCGACAAACUCCCAGUUUGCGGAGGCGAUGAUGAAGGACAUUCGACGCACACAUACGGCGACUUUUGCGGAGUUGCUUCCUAAAGCCUCGCCGGACGCACUUGACUUGGUGCAAAAACUUAUGCGAUUCAACCCCAAUGAGCGCCUCACCGCAGAGCAGGCGUUGGAGCAUCCAUAUGUGGCUGCUUUUCACAAGGUGCAGGACGAGCCCUCGGCACCUGCGCCAGUAACCAUCUCGCUUCCAGAUGACACACGCUUUACCAUGCAGGAAUACCGUGAGCGUCUCUACCAGGAGAUUGCAAACGCAAGAAGAAGAGUCCGCCGAGAGGCGGCCGCAGCCUUAUCUUCAAAGAACGAGUCUGGCGGCGUGGUGACUCGGGCGCAUCCGCCCCCCUCCGCUGCGGCCCCCGUGGCGGAAGAGAGACGGGAAAAAGUCCGUGACGCGGCAGUCACACACACAUCGUCUUCGACUGCUGCUCGGCCCAAUUCUUCGACCGCAACACGUACGGCGUUGGCGAAUGGGGCCAGUCGAACGACUCUUGCAAGUAGAACUUCCGACGCGACGCGGCCUGCGCAUCAUACUCGGCCUGUUGUUUCACGUCAUGGGCUUAAUGGUUCACGAACCAUGCAAAAGUAG